CGCGCAUGUGCCGCGCGCCUGCUGAGCCGGGACUGGGGGCGUUCUCGGCGCGCGCCAUGCUGCAAGCGCUCGGGCUCGUGGCCACGCUCGGGGAGGCGGAUGCGGCGCCAGAGGAGCCCGAGUCUGGGGACUCAGCGGUGGAGGAGGAGGAGGUGAGGGGCCGCCGCGGCCGGGCCGGGCCCCCAGAGCCAGGCUGCUGUCUGGGCCCCGCCUCACCCCAUUUUCGUCCGCAGGGGCCGCGGGGCCGGGGACAGCAGAGACGCCGCGGCGGGGACUUCAGCGCCGGCUUCGUCUUCGCAGAGAAGGAGGCUCCGGGUGCGGCGAGCGGGGCUUGGGCGGAGGCGCUGCGCCAGCUCAGGGGCAAGCACUGCUGUGUGCCAGAGCCGCUGCUGGGUGGCUCUUACAGAUUCCCCCUUCUUCUCCCUAACUGUCUGUCUUGCCCUGCCCAGAGAGCAGCAGCAACAACACUGGAUGAAAAGAUUGAAAAAGUGAGGAAAAAAAGGAAAACACAGGAAAGGGAAGCAAAACAUGUUAAGAUGAAAGGGGAAGAUGCCAAGAUGGAGGAGGAUGAAACCAAAGAGAAGGAAAGUGAGGAAGACAGUGAAGAGGAGGAAGAGGCUGUAGAGUCCCAAUAUUCCUCAACUGAUGAGGGUAUCCUCACCAAAGCAGAUAUCCUCAAGGUGAAGGAGCGAAAGAGACAGAAGAAAGUAGGAGAGAUUGAAACAGAGAGAUUUUUCGAAGAUGCGUCUCAGUACGAUGAUAACUUGUCAUUCCAGGACAUGAAUCUCUCACGCCCUCUACUAAAGGCAAUCACAGCCCUGGGCUUCAAGCAGCCAACCCCAAUCCAGAAGGCCUGUAUCCCUGUGGGUCUGCUGGGAAAGGAUAUUUGUGCCUGUGCUGCCACUGGGACAGGUAAAACUGCUGCAUUCACCCUACCUGUACUGGAGCGCUUGAUCUACAAACCUCGCCAGGCUCCAGUGACUCGGGUGCUGGUUCUGGUGCCAACACGAGAGUUAGGCAUUCAGGUGCACUCUGUCACCAAGCAGCUGGCCCAGUUCAGCAGCAUCACAACCUGCCUAGCUGUGGGCGGUUUGGAUGUGAAGACUCAGGAGGCAGCUUUGCGCUCUGGGCCAGACAUUCUCAUUGCCACUCCUGGGCGCCUGAUAGAUCAUCUCCAUAACUGCCCCUCCUUCCACCUGAGCAGCAUCGAGGUGCUGAUCUUGGACGAGGCAGACAGGAUGUUGGACGAGUAUUUUGAGGAACAGAUGAAGGAGAUAAUUCGGCUGUGCUCCCACCACCGUCAGACCAUGCUGUUCUCUGCCACCAUGACAGAUGAGGUAAAGGAUUUGGCUGCUGUUUCCCUGAAGAAUCCUGUCCGGAUUUUUGUGAAUAGCAACACGGACGUAGCCCCUUUCCUGCGGCAGGAAUUCAUCCGGGUCCGUCCCAACAGAGAAGGGGACAGAGAAGCUAUCGUGUCAGCUCUGCUGACACGGACCUUCACGGACCACGUGAUGCUUUUCACACAGACCAAGAAGCAGGCUCACCGCAUGCACAUCCUGCUGGGGCUGAUGGGUCUGCAGGUGGGGGAGCUGCAUGGGAACCUCUCUCAGACACAGCGGUUGGAGGCCCUCAGGCGCUUUAAAGAUGAGCAGAUCGAUGUCCUGGUAGCUACGGAUGUUGCGGCCCGAGGACUUGACAUUGAGGGUGUCAAAACGGUGAUCAACUUCACCAUGCCCAACACCACCAAGCACUAUGUGCACCGGGUGGGGCGGACAGCGCGGGCCGGUCGGGCUGGCCGCUCAGUCUCAUUGGUGGGCGAGGAGGAGCGCAAGAUGCUGAAGGAGAUUGUGAAGACAGCCAAGAUGCCAGUGAAGGCCAGAAUCCUCCCCCAGGAUGUGAUCCUGAAAUUCCGGGAGAAGAUUGGGAAGCUGGAGAAAGAUGUGUAUGCAGUGCUGAGUCUAGAGCGUGAGGAGCGUGAGAUGCAGCAAUCAGAGGCCCAGAUCAACAUGGCAAAGAAGCGACUGGAGGCAGGAGAACAGAAGGUGGAAGAGGGGCCUGAACGAAGCUGGUUCCAAAGCCGAGAGGAGAGAAAGAAAGAGAAAUUGGCUAAAGCCCUUCAGGAAUUUGACUUGGCAUUGAAAGGAAAGAAGAAGAGGAAGACGUUUAUGCAGGAUACUCAGAAAAAAGGCCAAAUGACACCAGAGGAGAGAUCACAAUUUGAAAUCCUGAAGUCGCAGAUGUAUGCAGAGCGAGUAGCAAAGAGGAACCGCCGAGCAAAGCGAGCUCGAGUUGUGCCCGAGGAUGAGCCUCCCUCAGCAGGCCCCAAACAGAAGAAGCAAUCAUCUGUCUUCGACGAGGAGCUCACCAACACAAGCAGGAAGGCCCUAAAACAGUAUCGUGCUGGCCCCUCCUUUGAAGAGCAGAAGCGUUUGGGCUUAGCCCGACACAAGAAAGGAGGGAACUUCAAAUCCAAAUCCAGGUAUAAGAGGAAGUGACAGCAGCUCUUUGCCAGAAGGAUUCCCUGGAAAAUCUAAGUGUUGAAGACUUUGUGCCUCUUCCAGAAAAACCCUGCUUUUCAUUCUGUAUUUGCUAGAAUAAUGUAGCCUCUUAAGUGGCCUGAACUUACACUGUCAAAUUCUUGGACUCAGUGUAAAUGCACCAGCACCUGCUGAAUUAGCACAUAAAGGAAAACCAUGUCUUCUGCAGUUUCAG